GUAAACUGCCCCAGCAAGAUGAAACGUUGAAUUUAGCAAGAUCUUAAGGGAGGAACAGCCAGUAUCGAGUGAGAAGAGAGAGACAUGGGACAGCAAUGCCAGAUCAGGGCCACCAAGUGCCAGCUGCUGGUGACCAGCCUGUUUGUCAUGCUCCUGGGAUUCUCACUUGCCAUAUUGACCACACUCACUCACUUUGGGGCUCCUUUCACCAUAAUCAGUGGUGUCUCUUAUAAUGCUAAUCCCUAUAGAAUCAUCCACAAUGCAGUGUUUUACAGCGGGAUGUGUCUGAGCAUGAUUCUGUUCCUCGCAGCCCUGCUGAGUUUCAUUGCCACAGUAAAAGAAUCGGAGUGUCUCAUGGCAAUGGGAUUCUUCUGUUUUGCUAUUGUAUUCUGUGGACUGAUACUAGCUGCAUUCUGGAGAUACAGCAAUACAGAGGUGGAAGAUGCUAUGAUGGAUGUAUAUGAUCUUGUGUAUGAGGAGGUGAGGAGAAACUCCUCCAGCUUCAGGAAGGAGGAACUCACUGUCAUCCAUGAAACAUUUCUGUGCUGCGGGAAGUAUUCACCCUUUGAAGAAAUCAGAGGCAUUGAAAAUGGGACAUGUCCAUCAACUCUUACAAGUACAGCAAGAGAGGAUUGCCUUCAGCAGAUCCAAGACUUUAUGAAAAAACACAUGCGUUAUGUCUCCACACUGAUGAUCAUCACCGUCUGCUUCAUGGUUUAUGGGAUGAUUUUAACUUCGUUCCUCUGGUUUUCCAUUCACUUCAGCAAUAAUCUGGACCGCAAAGGCAAAUAUGUGCUGAGAAAGAGGUAGAAAUCAGUUGGACCAGUUUCUUAAUCAAAGGGAAGCUGAUUUUUGGCCCAGGGAGCUAUCUGAAGUUAUGAGUUGAAUAAGAACUUGUUCCAGGGUAACUGGAAGCAGACCUUUCUACCUUCCAUGUUUGUGUUUCAUGUUCCCUUUUCUUGCACAACGUAUUUCCUGUGCAUUACCAGCUGUGUGAGUAUCCUCAUGCAGCAGCACAGGAGAGAGAGAGAUUCAUGAAGACUCACAGGUACUGUGCAGAGGCAGCCAGCUAAAGGAUCAGAGAUUAUGAAAGCCUGUUGAACACAGGUGUGAGUCAUGGAUGGUAGCAUAAUAAAGAAGAACCAGAAAGCCCAUACCAGGACACCAGAAACCAAAGCUCGAUUCAGUGUCUGUAACAACCUAAAAAAAAAUCACUAAAUCAUCCAAACCAAGCACACCACAGCAAGACAUUAAUCCUCCCCUCCCUCCACCCGUCCCCUCAUAACAACAAAACGGUGGGGGCAGGGUAGGGGAGGCUGGGACCGGCAGCCACAGGAAAGGCAAAUUCACUUUGUCAGUGAGCAAAACAAGCUUUUCCUUAAUACAUCCACAGCCGCCACCACCUCCAAAUCAUCAGUGGUAUCUAGAAUACACAGUGGGGGACUAGAAUAUACACCGGGUAAUUUUAUUUACCCAAUUUAAUGCCAAGUUUCUUCAUUCUUUGAUCUGUCUUCCUGAAGUACAGGCUGGAGAGCUAUUGUAAAUCAAUGUGUAUUAACCCAUACAUAAGUAUUCUCAUGUAUUACAUCUCAGACAUGUGCUACGGAUGCUGAUUCAAAUUUCUCUAAAAUUUCACUAGGACUGUAGACUCUUGCCUCACUUUGCAAAAGUUUUACCAAACCAUCCAGUUCAAAUGUCGCUUUCUCUCUUGUCUGAGAAAUUUUUGGUUCCUCGUCACCAUGCAAGGUAUGACACUCCUAGACUAAUUGCUUCAGAGCACAUUCUGAGAAAGAUCUUUGAUGUAAGCAGUCAUGAUUUCCUGUUACAAAUACCAUGAUUAGUGUAAUUAGUUUUUCCUGCCUUUACACUUUCUUAUUGACUUGGGGUCAGAUUGCUAAAGAUGCAGAUAGAUGCCUACUGUGAUAUUUUUAGAAACUCCUAAGCCAGGGGCAGGUAAUUAUUUGGGCCCCAAGGCCACGCAGGCAGUUCUGAGGAGCUACCGCAGGCCAGUCAGCACCCCUUUCCCCCUUAAAGUAGCCUAGAACCUGGGCAUCUUGCAGCUCCUCCCUGCUACUGCCAACAGCACACAGCCCCAGUCUCAACCCCUGCCUGCCCUGCACCUGCUCUGGUCUCACAGCUGCAGCGGACCAGCCGGAGCCCACAUGCACCGCUCCAUCCCCAGCAUGCCCCGUGCCUACUUCAGACUACCUGCCCAUGC